UACAACACGGAAGCGUUUGUAUGCGGAAGCUACACGUUGGAUUAUUUGGAAAUGGCUACCGGAGCAGAUCAGGCUGUUGGCAUGGGCCUUGUGGGCUUCAGUUUGGUGCUCUUUACGUACUACACGAUAUGGGUCAUCAUUCUGCCCUUUGUUGACAGUGACCACAUGAUCCACAAAUACUUCCUGCCACGGGAGUAUUCUGUCAUUCUUCCUGGAAUAGCUGCAUUAAUUGUGCUCCUCUGUAUUGGCACCUUCAUAGCUGUGGUGACGUGGAAAAAUCGCAAACCCAAGAAGGUGGACUGAGGAGAGACCUUGGAAGCUUUAGUCGCGAACACAUGGAGCUCCUGCCCGCAGGAGCACCCAAACAUAUACCCUGCACAGCGGACCACAAACAUCAGAUAUCGGACACGCAUGGACCAUGGAUUCCCAGAUCUUUAACAUUUUGUGCUUAAAGCUGCUUGAAAUGCUAUAGCCAAAGACUCUUGGACAAAAUGGAAGACCUCUACUACUGCACGUAGAGCAGUUUUAGCACCUGAUCCCACGUCCACCAUGUUUGUUCACCUGGAUCUCUGAACUGACCUGGGGUUCACUCCAUUAUCCUAACUCCCGUCCUCCCUUCUGCUUGUGGCCUCGUGAUGACGUCUUUGGCAACACAAGUUGAAUUCAAUAUUUCACAAAAGUGCAAUACAAAGGUCAUUUUCGUACCAUAAAAGUUCCAUAAAAGUUCCACAAAAGUUUGAUGUGGCUAAGCUGACAGUCGGGAAGCUUUAUUGUUUUCGCGACGGAGGCGGGGCAUCAGUGAAGCGCGAGUCCACAAACACAGGUCGAGGACGGGAGUUAAGAUAGUGGAAUGCACUGCUGGAUGUGGUGUAACGUGUGCUGUAUGAAGGAGACAUAGUGAAUUAAAGCAUAGGUUUACAGUCAUUGGUCUCAGUUUGGGUGUUAAGCAUUAGGUCGAAUUUGAAAUGUUCAUUUUGUCAUUUACUGUAUGUAGGCUAUGUGUGGAGAGAAGUGAUUUGGAGAAAUUAAUGUUGGCAACUAUAAUGUAACGUGUUGCACUGUGUUGCAAGUUAAUAUUUCGGACACAACCUUGGAGUGGUGUAGGGUUAACAUGUUGCGAUCAAUUGAAAGUAUUGCCCUUGUAUGGUGAGGUGAAUGGGUGGGGAAUGGGUGUGUGAUUUCUGUGACAUCAUGUGUUUAGUGCAAAUCGGAUAUAACACAAGAGGGAAAUAGAACUAUGAUGGGAUAUUUUCUUAAAGAUCUUUUUAUGUGAAGGGUAACAUGACACAACUUUGAGGUGUAAUAAAGUUGUUAAGUAUUUGGAAAAUGUA